CGCGCGCGGCGGCGGCAGCGGGAGGAGCGUGAGAGCUGAGUGCCGGAGCAGCAAUGGCCGCACACCGCCUCGUGCUCGUCCGCCACGGCGAGAGCGCCUGGAACCUGGAGAACCGCUUCUGUGGGUGGUACGACGCCGACCUCAGCCCCGCCGGGCAGCACGAGGCGCGGCGCGGAGGAGAGGCCCUGCGAGACGCCGGCUAUGAGUUCGAUAUCUGCUUCACGUCGGUGCAGAAGAGGGCCAUCCGCACCCUCUGGAACGUGUUGGACGCCAUCGACCAGAUGUGGCUGCCCGUGGUGCGGACGUGGCGCCUCAACGAGCGGCACUACGGGGCCCUCACCGGCCUCAACAAGGCCGAGACGGCUGCCAAGCACGGCGAGGCCCAGGUGAAGAUCUGGAGGCGUUCCUUCGACGUCCCCCCGCCGCCCAUGCAGUCAGACCACCCCUUCUUCAGCACCAUCAGCAAGGAUCGUCGCUACGCUGACCUGACAGAGGACCAGCUGCCCACAUGUGAGAGCCUGAAGGACACCAUUGCCCGGGCCCUGCCCUUCUGGAAUGAGGAAAUUGUCCCACAGAUCAAGGAGGGCAAGAGAGUCCUUAUUGCGGCCCAUGGCAACAGCCUGCGGGGGAUUGUCAAACACUUGGAAGGCAUGUCAGAAGAAGCCAUCAUGGAGCUGAACCUGCCCACCGGCAUCCCAAUUGUGUAUGAAUUGGACAAGAACCUGAAGCCCAUCAAGCCCAUGCAGUUCCUAGGAGAUGAGGAGACGGUGCGCAAGGCCAUGGAGGCUGUCGCUGCUCAGGGCAAAGUCAAGAAAUGAGGCAGGUGUGCAGACUAGAAAGUAGAUGAGUCCCCUCCGUCCCCACCCCUCUGUGCACACCCCACAGCUGUAGGAACUUGGAGCUGCAGAGCUGGAGCAGGGAGCAGCUCCCCAGGACUAGGCCCCUUCCCUCUGCACCAGGCUCACCUCUGCAGGCAGCCUGGGAGCUGGGGGGUGAGGGGCUGUGUGCACAGGGGUCUGGUGUGAAAGGGAGUCCUUGCUCUGCCAGGCAGCAACUGCAGCCCUAUGUUGUGUGUUCCCAGCCCUUGGGGGGAUGCUCUCAAGCAAUCUUUUGCCAUGCCUGGCUUCUCUCGCUUCCCUGGCAGCUCUUGUCACUGUUACUGUAGUUCUGUUGCUUGGUUUAGUUAUUCCAGGAGCACAACAGGAGCGGUGGGACGUGGGCAGGAGGGGGCAGCAACCAAGAUGGGUGCCUAAUCCCCUUGUGGCUGUGUGGCACAAAGACUAGUAUGCUUAGAUACUAAAUGGGUAGUACUGUGGUGCAUGCUCCUGUUGUAGUACAGCACCCAGUAGUAGUACUUGCAAACCCUGACCCAGCUCUACCAGCCAAUGCUUUAACUUAUUGCUUUUGGACAAAGGAAGGAGCGUGUUGUCUGGGAAUUUGUAUUUGCCAUGUGCUUCCUACAGCCAAAGCCAACCCUAGUCCUGCCUCAUGGAGGUGGUGUAGAUGCCAUUGUGCCCCCAACCCACAAACACGUACUUGGCACUGUCACUGUAGCCUCCCCCACUGCUGCUGUAGUGAGCCUGGGCUUGCACUGGGUCAAACUAACUGUCCAGCAGUACCAGUUGUCUUGUUCCAGUUCAAUAAAAUAUUAAUAUGCAAUAA